AUGGUAUAUGCAUCUCUGCUAAUUCUUCUUGAGCUUCAACAAGCACUGCAGUCAAUUCGUCUGCCGUUCGAGGCACUCGCACUGCACUCACCCACUAAUACGACUAAUUGCACACCACAGCUGAUACCACUAACCACAUUACACCCACCCACUAAUACGACAAAUUUUACACCACAGCUGAUACCACUAAAUACACUACACCCACCCACUAAUACGACUAAUUGCACACCACAGCUGAUACCACUAACCACACUACACCCACCCACUAAUACGACUAAUUUCACACCACAGCUGAUACCACUAAAUACACUACACCCACCCACUAAUACAACUAAUUGCACACCACAGCUGAUACCACUAAAAACACUACACCCACCCACUAGUACGACAAAUUGCACACAACAGCUGAUACCACUAAAUACACUAAACCCACCCACUAAUACGACUAAUUUCACACCACAGCUGAUCCCACUUUCCACACUACACCCAACCACUAAUACGACUAAUUUCACACCACAGCUGAUACCACCAAAUACACUAAGCCCACCCACUAAUACGACUGAUUUCAUACCACAGCUGAUACCACUAAAUACACUAAACCCACCCACUAAUACGACUAAUUGCACACCACAGCUGAUACCACUAACCACACUACACCCACCCACUAAUACGACUAAUUUCACACCACAGCUGAUACCACUAAAUACACUAAACCCACCCACUAAUACGACUAAUUGCACACCACAGCUGAUACCACUGACCACACUACACCCACCCAUUAACACGACUAAUUUCAUACCACAGCUGAUACCACUAACCCACUACACCCACCCACUAAUACGACUAAUUUCACAACACAGCUGA